GGGCUUCUCUGUCCCCCAGUUCACCUCUCUGUGCCGUGUCCCUGCUGAGUUCUGUGGCUCAAGUUAUACAGUGUUGUGUUAAUCCUCAGAUCAGUUUCCUAGGUGUGCAAAAUGGUUUGGUGCUGACCCAGCUGCGUUUCAGGGACGAGAGAAGCAGAGAACUUCCAUGCUGUUCCGCCCUCUUGGCCCUUCUCUGCCUUAGCAAAUUUUCAACUGCUAUGAGAUGAGGUUUUUUUUGGAAGGGGUUAGGGUUAGGGUUAGACGUUACAGAAGAAGAGAACGCAGUGCCCGUCACAGGCCCGUGAAAGACCGUCGCACCCUCUUGUUUUGCGCUAACGCAAGCAGGGGUUUCAAAGUCAAGCCCCUGCUCAUGUGUCGUUCUGAGAAUCUACGAGCCUUCAGGAAAUGCACGACGUAGAGGAGCCAGUUAAACGUUACGUGGAGGUCCAUCAGCAAGGCUUGGGUCACUCGUAUCUUGUUCGUUGAGUGGCUCAACGAGGCCUCCGGUCCUGCAGUGAAGAAAUACCUUUUAGAGAAGAAUUUGCCGCUCAAAGCCUUGCUGGUUAGGGUUGCUGCUGAGCCUCCAGGCUUGGAGGACGACUUACUGGAGGAAUUGGAGUUCAUUAAGGGCAGGUUCCUUCCUCCCAACACCACUCCAGUCCUCCAGCCCGUGGAACAGGAGGUCAUUUAGAACUUUAAAAGGCUUUACACCAAAGCCCGACUUCAGCGAUGCUUCGAGGUGACCGAAGGAUGAACCUCACCCUCCAAGUUUUGGAAAAAUCAUCUCCACACCAUGAACUGCCCCAAGAUCAUCGAUAAAGCCUGGGAUGGGGUCACCAAGAGAACCUUCAAUUCUGCUUGGAGAAAACUGUGGUCCGAUUGCGUUCUUGGAAGUGACUUAGAGGGGCUUGUUCAUGAACAGCAGCCACCAGUUGUCGAUGAAACUGUGUCCUUGGGAAAGACCAGGGGACUGGAGGUGAACAAGGACGACAUUCAGGAGCUGGUGGAGGAGCAUGGCCAGGAGGCGACCACCGACGAACUGAUGGGUCUGCAUCACGAGCAAGAGCUAGAGGUUAUGGGGGAGAUCUCGUCUGCAGAGGAGGAGAAAAAGCCCUAGGAAUCCUCGCUUCAAGUGAGAUUAGGGAGAUGUGUAAAAUGUGGUAAACAGUGAAACAUUCUGUAGAGAAGCACCACGCGAACAAGGCUGCAGCAGUCCGAGCGAUGAAUCUGUUUAACGACAAUUCAAUGUCACAUUUCCGCCAAAUCCUCAAAAGGAGGCAAAAGCAGGUGUCAUUGGAUAAAGUUGAAUGAAGAGCAAAGGAUUCCAUUGAGCCAAUAGACGGCAGUGAUUCCGUUGGCGAUGGUGAAAGUCGUCCUACACAAUAACACUCCUCUGUCUUGUCUCCCUCACACCAGCCACGAGGGUUUUCAAAAGAAAGGGGGAAAUUCGCUUUGAUACACAAGUGCUUUGCUUUACAAGCGUGUUUCCGGAACGAAAUCUGCACGCAAACCAAGGUUUGACAAAACAAGAAAUGUAUGGCGCAUGCUCUGGACAUGUCAGGAGGCCCUCCCACCACCGUGAACGGUAGGAGAGAAGGAAAAGUUUGUCGGUGGGAGCAUCCCGCCGGGCUGUGCUGGCCUCGGAGCUCCCAAGCUGGCCACCCGCGGGGAAGGACCGCAGCUCGCAGGAUGGCGUGUGGGGCAGGGCCCGGUCUCCCACUUCGGUUUCCCCUCCGUGCAGCCGGUGUGUGCGGGGAGCGGCCUCAGACCCCCUGGCUGGACCCAGGCCCCGGGCGGGGCCGCACGGAGCCUCAUGCCCCCCUCGCCGGUCGCCCUGAGGGCGGAACGUGGGGUAGGUGUCCGGUGCCUGUUCCCUUCGCCAAGCACAGCGCGGCCGGACAGCGAUGCCCUCCGGAAAGGAGGUCCCAGACUCAGAUGAAGGCUCAGGCAGGCAGCCCCCUGUCCCGGGCCACCCCACCUCGGCUGUGCCUGGGCGUCUCCCACCUGGGGGCCCCACCCCCGCCCCAAGAGCAGGAGCACAGGCUGUCUCCGGAAGGAGCAAGGACGCGUCCGCCUCUCGUGGUCGCGUGUCCGCCGCGCCCCCUACCGGCAAGCCCCCCUCCCACUACCUGCCCGCCAGGUGUGAGGUCGUGCCCAGUCCGCGUGGCCCGGAGGCCGGGCCGUGGCCGCCCCCGGGAGUGUGACCCUUCUCAGAGACUGCUCUGCUGGGCUGCCCCGCGGCAGCACCACAGCCCGAUGCCGGCUGAGUGCUUCCGGCCCCGGGGUGUGCGGGGUGGCCGGGUCCCCCAGGUCUGUGCGCAGAGGGCCCGUCUGCUGCGACUUGCCAGCGUUGCUAGGCUCGGACCCGCUUCCCUUCCGUGCGAGGCCCUCCUGCCUCGGUGGCGGUGCUCAGACGCUCUCGGCGCGCUGCUGCUCCUGGAGCCUGGACCAUCAAUCGGACCCCGCAACUGGGGCUUGGUGGGACACCCACGGCCCGCCUCGGCCCCUGCCCAGGUGUUCCUGAGACCCGGGCGGCUCCAGUUCCGCUGGCGCACUGCAGGUGGCCUUUCAAGCGCCCCCAGGGAGGGUUCUCUAAAGAGGAGCAAAGCCCUGGAGAAGACCAUCGGGCCUGGGGACGGAAGCCUCUUACUGGGCUGUGUGGGAGGGCAGCCUCAGGUUGCCGCCCGGAUCUGGGAAGUGUGGCGUGCAGUGUCCCUUCUGUUGUGAUAUUCAUUUUACCGCCGGGCUUGGAUGCCAGAUACUCUCUGCAGUUAAUGCCCCAGCCCCAGCCGGACCUCCUGUCCCUUCUCAUGAAGCCGCCUGUCAACGGUGGCCGGGACAGAGGGCGUCAGAAGGCGUGUACCUUCCUCUGCCUUCCACCACGAGGGCGGUUGACUGCGUUCCCACCGAGGAGAGGCAGAUUUCCCCAGAGAUGGGGAGAGCUUCCCGGCCGGGUCACGUACCCUCUCUCCCUGCACGAGGGGCCGCAUCUGCCACGCGCAGCUCAGGGCCUGCGAGGGCCCGGAGGCCUGCCCAGGGCCCUGGAUGAGCAGCUCGGGGGCUGCGGGCCCCUCUCUGGGGAGAGACUCUUCCCUUGGAGCAGACGUGUUCAGAGGAGGCCCGACCGAAGGCCCGUUUCUCUGGCUUCUCACGUGGGGCAUUGCUUCUCCUGGGGCCUCCCUGCAGCCCAGGCCGACUGCUUGCCAGCCACACCUACCCCCCACGGCGGCCCCCACUACCUCCUGGCAGCGGCGUCCUCAAGGUCCCUGAGGCAGAUACAGACCCUCUUGGUAAAACCGCUCUGCCCUGUUCUUCGUUGGGCCAGCACAGCGGGGAGGGGCCAGGGCCCAGCCAUGCGGCGCUCGCUCCCAGGGUCAAACACAGGGCGGGCUCCCCUCAGCCCCCUAGCGCACCAGCAGCGAGACCACGGGGCGGACGCCUGUGCUCAGUCCCCGCCGCUGCUCCCUACCCAGAUCUGGGGCCCCUCAAAACCUCAGUGAUCCCAUCUUUCCCUUACACAUCACAUUUAUUGACUUUCCCCAACUCCUGGCCCCACGCUGAACCGGCCACGUGGCCGGUCGGGCUCUCGCCUUCCGGGGGCUGGCCGCCAGCUGGGCAGGAGCCCCGCCCCGCCCGGAGGGCUGCCCAGGCGCCCCGGAGGGAGAGCCCGGCUCGGCCCUAAGCGCUGUCCUGGCUCA